AUACAUUCUAUAAAAAAUUAAUGCUCCGCCAGGUUCUUACUAUGAAGGCCUAUUUCCUAGUCGUCCUAGUGUGUGUCCUCUAUGCCAGCUAUGUGUCGUCUGCUAGGAUACUUGCAGUUCUACCAUUCCCAGGCCGCAGUCACUACAUCUACCACAUCUCGGUGUUGAAGGCGUUGGCAGAGAGCGGCCAUCAGAUAGUAGAGUACAGUCCGUUCCCUCCAAAACAAGCCAUAGCAAACCACACUCAUGUCUACCUGCACACCAGCUUCAAUACGAAAUUGGGUAACAGGAGGUUCGAGGAUAUGCCAAAACAUUCUGAACAACUAACAAACUACUUCGGUCUAAUAUGGCUCAACAUUUGGAAUCUGCUCUACCCAAUUUGUAGGGAAACAUUUGAAAAUGAAAACAUAAAAAAACUUCUUCAGUCAAACGAACAUUUUGACUUGGUGGUCACUUCAUCUACCUUUGGACAAGAAUCGAUGCUCGUGUUCGGUCACAAGUUCAAAGCCCCAACUGUCACUCUGCAAGGGAAUCUCCACUCUAUGAUGCUCAACAGAGAUGCUGGAAAUGAUCUUGUGAUGGCAACAAUCCCAGACUCUUUUUCAUUUGCGUUUUCUGAUCGAAUGACCUUCACAGAACGUUUGAGAAACUUUGUGUCAACCUCUGUUACACUCUUUUUAUACUACUUCUCCCAUCUUCCAAAGCACAACAAACUGUUGGAAAUGUAUUACGCUUCUGACAGUGUUUCUGUUGGCGAGCUGACUACAAAUGUGUCAUUAACGCUUGUUAACACCCACCCUGCAGUAUUCUACCCCCACCCGUUCACACCCAAUAUAAUUCCUAUUGCUGGAAUCGUGAUAGACCCUAAAAAACCUCCUUUGCCUAAGGAUAUACAAACUUUCAUGGACAACGCCAAAGAAGGAGUUGUCUAUUUCAGUUUUGGAACUGUGAUUCCCACACACACAAUGCCUGAAGCAAUGCUUAAUAUGUUCAUGACCGUUUUCAAAAAAUUACCUCAAAAGGUUCUUUGGAAGAUAGAAGCUGACAAACUACCAGAGAUGUCACAAAAUGUCAAACUUGUAAAAUGGGCCCCACAACUAGGGGUAUUAGAACAUCCAAACUGUGCAGUGUUUGUCACACACGGGGGAUUGUCUAGCCAGAUAGAAGCGAUUCACGCAGGAGUACCAACUGUGGGAAUACCCUUUUUUUCCGAUCAGUUCUUCAACAUCAGGUUCAACGAAGAAAGAGAAAUUGGAGUAAAAGUUGACUUUAAAACACUCUCUGAAGAUAAACUCCAUUUUGCUCUGGAAAGAGUUUUAAAUAACUUCAAGUACAGAGAGAAUGCACGUCGCCUCUCUAGCAUAUUCCGAGACACCCCCUCUUCACCGACUACCUCUGCUGUGUACUGGGUAGACUACGUUCUCCGCCAUAACGGGGCCUCUCACCUGCGUCCCGCAGCCUCCCGCAUGGCUCUGUACCAGCUGAUGCUGCUAGAUGUGGCGGGGGUAGUGAUACUCGCCACUUUCACAAUUGGAAUAGCAUUAUGUUGGUUGUGUAAAAGUAUUGGCAGUUUUUGUGGUAAAAGUAUGAACUUAGAUAAGAAAAAUAAAUAACUCCCGUUGUAAGCCUAAAUUUUUUUGUAAUAAAACAAAUUGUUUUCAAUUAUUGUGAAUUUUAGGUUAAGCAGGUGUGUAAUUAAGCAGCAAUAGUAGUUAAAUGAUCAAUUUAUUUUAAAAUUUAUAGAAUUUUCUGGAUGCAAAAUAAAUUGUAAACCUGUCUUAAAAAAAAACAAAAUUAUUUGGGCUAUCAAUCAAA